GAUACACAAAUCUUCAUCCACUGGGAGUCGCACCCCUACACACUCUAAACCCUGAUAGCACCGCUGUCUGUCGGCGGCCUAAAACCCUAAGUUCGCCGCCGCCGCCGCCGCCGCCGCCGCCAUCGCCGUCGGCGUCAAAGAGGAUCGCAAAUUGGCCAUCUCUGCAGAUCUCUCUCCCAUAUUCCCAGUCUCUGCCGGUCCGAAUCGUCCUAUCAUGAGUUUAAUCGCGGGCUCGUACGAGAAGUUCAUCUGGGGCUUCAAGCUCAAGCCCCUCAAACACUCCCCCGACGGCCAUACCCUAACCCUAACCAAGCUCUUCUGCUACCCCUCCCACCUCUCCCCAAUCUCUUCCGUCGCCGCCGCUGGCCCCGUCGCGGCCUCCGGCGCCGGCGACGACACCGUCCACCUCUACGACCUGACGGCGGCCUCCUCCCUGGGCUCCCUCCACCACCAUUCUGCUACGGUCACCGCCCUCUGCUUCUACACCCCUUCGCACCUCUCGUUCCCGCGCAACCUCCUUUCCGCUUCAGCGGACGGCUCAGUGUGCAUCUUCGACGCCGAUCCCUUCGUGCACCUGACGACAGUUAGGGUUCACAAGAAGGGCGGAGUCAAUAGCAUCUCUGUGCAUCCGUCGGGGAAGCUGGCGCUGACGGUGGGGAGGGACGAGUGCUUGGCGAUGGUCAACUUGGUGAGGGGGAGGAGGAGCUUCUGUUGCCGGUUGGGAAAGGAGGCGAGCUUGGUGGGGUUCGAUUUGAGUGGAGAGAGGUUCUUCAUGGUUAUGGGGGAUAGAGUUGGGGUUCAUGAAGCCGAGGACGCGAGGUUGGUCUGGGAAAUGGAGACUGGGAAGAGGGUUCUCUGUGCUGCUCCCGGUGAGAGUGGACUUCUAUACACUGGUGGUGAAGACCGGAGUGUUACUGCAUGGGACACAAAGACUGGGAAGAUCGCAUAUCAAAUUGAGGAUGCUCAUUCCACCCGUGUCAAAGGUAUUGUUGUACUCAGUAAGAGCAAUGACACAAGUGUGGAAGAUGAUCCAUAUUUAGUGACGUCCGCAUCGUCCGAUGGGGUUAUACGUGUUUGGGAUGUUCGAAUGGCUUCGAAGGAAAAGCCUGUUCCACUGGCUGAGGUUAACACAAAAUCAAGGCUCACUUGUCUGGCUGGAACAUCUCUGAAGUCUCUGAGAAGGCCACAGUUAGGAGAAAAGGUUUCUAAGGAGGACAUGGUCGCAGAUGGAGCAUCAUAAAGCUGUCUAUGGCUUGAGUUAGCUGGCAACUUGAAGAUUUUCUCUCGUCGGCUCUGCGAGGCUGUGUAUUUAUGUUUCAAGGGACGGUGAGCUGAGCCAUUUUCACUAUGACAUUUCCAAUUUCAUGAUACGACCGCUCAAUUUUGACCUAUCUGUUGAUACCACACUUGGGCUUA